CAAACAAAAGAAAGACACCAAAAUUCACGGCACAAAAUCUUGAAUUUUUCUUUGCAAAAGCCAAAAAAAACCUCAUUAAACUGAAAGGAAGAAGAUAAGUCAACAUCACAUCAUCCCGCCCUUAUCUUUGCACUAUCCCACAAAACAUCACACUCGACAAGACAAUUUUGAGAACAUCAUCAUCAUUCAUCAACCUUAAAUUCAAAGAAACACACACACACACACACAAGUGUGUCUUUAGUGUGUAUUGCUAUGAUUCUUGUUGAUUGUUCUCCUAUCCAGGAUGAUGGGGUUCAAGUUCAAGUUCAAAUCAUGUGGAUGUGUUUUUGCUCUCACAGUUCAUUGCUUGCUGAUGAUUACAGUUGCAAAAGUUACUGAUCCUUCUGAAGUAUCUGCAUUGACUGCGGUCAGAGGUAGUUUAGUCGAUCCAAUGAAUCAUCUUCAUAAUUGGAAUAAAGGGGAUCCAUGUACAUCAAAUUGGACCGGAGUUAUAUGCGUUCAUGAAACCAGUUCUGAUCAAUACUGGCAUGUUCAGGAAAUACAGUUGCUAAACAUGAAUCUUUCUGGACGGUUAGCACCUGAACUCGGUCAAUUUUCUCAUCUAAGAAUUUUAGAUUUCAUGUGGAAUAAUUUGACUGGAAGUAUACCGAAAGAGAUUGGAAAUAUUUCAUCGUUGGCACUCUUGCUUUUGAACGGAAACAAAUUAACGGGAAGCUUACCCGUUGAGCUUGGAUAUCUUACGAACUUAAAUAGAUUCCAAAUAGACCAGAACCAGAUAUCAGGACCAAUUCCAGACUCGUAUUCAAAUUUGAAAAAAAUUAGACAUAUCCAUUUCAACAAUAACUCGUUGACCGGUCAAAUUCCAGUGGUAUUGUCCAAUUUAUCGACUUUAGUACACUUGCUUCUUGAUAACAAUAACUUAUCUGGUUAUCUUCCAUCAGAAUUUGGCAAUUUUCCAAAUAUGCGAAUACUUCAACUUGAUAACAAUCACUUUGAUGGAGAAAUUCCGUCUUCUUAUGGAAAUUUAUCGGAGUUAGUGAAACUGAGCCUUAGAAACUGUAGUUUGCAAGGAGUUCUCCCUGAUCUUAGCGGAAUAUCAAAUCUUAGCUACAUAGAUCUCAGCAGAAAUAGGCUCACCGGACCAAUACCGUCAAACAAGCUUUCAGAUCGUAUGACAACUAUUGAUUUAUCAGACAACCAGUUAAACGGAUCGAUUCCUGAAAGUUUAUCAUAUCUUCCUUCUCUACAAAAACUGUCCUUGGAGAACAAUCUUCUAAACGGGUCCAUCUCCGCUGAUCUAUGGCAGAACAAGUCGUUUAGCGCAACCUCAACACUUUUACUCGAUUUCCGAAAUAACUCCAUUUCAGACGUUAACGGACAUUUAAAUCCACCCGUAAAUGCGAGCCUAAGGUUACAUGGAAAUCCCAUUUGUCGAAACGCAAGCAUACAAAACAAAGAUCAGUUUUGCGGUCCUAAAGAAUAUAAAGAUUACAUACAUCCGAUUUCUAAAAACGUAACAGAUUGUCCAAUGCAAUCAUGUCCGACAAACGAUUACUUCGAAUAUGUUUCCGGAUCCUCAAUCCCAUGUUUUUGUGCUUCGCCACUUAGGAUCGGAUACCGUUUAAAAAGUCCAAGUUUUUCUUAUUUUCCACCAUAUCAAGAUGAAUUUGAAAUGUAUGUCACUAGCUCUCUUGCUUUGGACUUUUAUCAACUACAUAUUGACUCAAUUAUGUGGGAGAAAGGGCCCCGGUUGAGGAUGUAUUUGAAACUUUACCCUAAAGCCGGCACCGAGGGUUCAAGUGUUUUUAGUACGAGUGAAGUUUUAAGGAUUAGAGGCAUUUUUACGACAUGGGUAUUUCCCGGAAGCGAUUUGUUUGGACCGUAUGAGCUUCUAAAUUUCACGCUUGUUGGACCUUAUGCACACUUGAAUGUUGGGACACUGCGGAAAGGUAUAAGUAAACAUGUUUUAAUAACCGCUGCAGUUGUGGCGGCUGUUUGUGCUUUACUAGUUUCUUCAGCGUUGACUGUUGUGAUCAAGAAACAACAUGAGAGAUACAGAAUCACAUCAUCAAGAAAAUCUUUACUCUCAAAACUUUCAAUCAAAAUGGACGGUGUGAAAAGCUUCACCUUUCGAGAGAUGGCUACUGCAACUGAACAUUUUAGUGAUUCAAGUGUCGUUGGCCGUGGUGGUUACGGGAAAGUUUAUAAAGGAGUAUUAUGGGAUAAUACAGCGGUAGCUAUAAAACGUGCAGAAGAAGGAUCAUUACAAGGUGAAAAGGAGUUUUUAACGGAAAUAGAAAUUCUAUCAAGAUUACAUCAUCGAAAUCUUGUAUCACUUGUUGGAUAUUGUGACGAGGAACAAGAGCAGAUGCUGGUUUAUGAGUUCAUGCCUCGGGGAACGUUGCGCGAUUGGCUUAAUGAUAGAUCAGGGAAAACAUUGAGCUUCAGAAUGCGGUUACAGGUGGCACUAGAUUCAGCAAAAGGAAUUCUUUAUCUUCACACCGAAGCCAACCCGCCAAUAUUCCACCGUGAUAUUAAAUCAUCCAACAUUCUUCUUGAUUCUAAGUUCAAUGCAAAAGUUGCUGACUUUGGGCUGUCCAGGCUGGCACCAGUCUUGGAUGAACAUGGAAGCGGUCCUAACUAUGUAUCCACGCUUGUUAGAGGAACACCCGGCUACCUUGAUCCCGAAUAUUUAUUAACCCACAAGCUGACAGCCAAGAGUGACGUUUAUAGCCUUGGUAUUGUAUUUUUAGAAAUCCUGACUAGUAUGAAAGCAAUAUCACAUGGCAAAAAUAUCGUGCGUGAGGUCAAAAUAGCUCAUGAAACAGGAACAAUGUUCUCAAUCAUAGAUAACAGAAUGGGAUCAUACCCUUCUGAGUUUGUUGAAAAGUUUCUAUCAUUGGCUCUUUGGUGUGUCAAUGAUAAGCCCGAAAAAAGGCCAUCUAUGUUAGAUGUGGUCCGCGAGCUAGAGCACAUACUAGAAAAGAUGCCCGAUAUGGGCGUUGACUUUUCAGAGUCCGGGUCAAACUAUUUUGUGGAAUCAUCAACUUUUUAUAGCUCAUCAAAUGUCCCGGGAAGUGAUCUUAGCAGUGGUGAUAAUCCUGCGGUUUAUCCUCGUUGAUACAUGACGAAAUUUUGCACCGAAAUGAACAUGUUUUACAAGUACAAGUACAUGUUGUCAAUAAAGGAAGUAUGUUAAGAGAGUUGUAUAUAGAACCUAGAAGGGAAUUUUCUUUUUAAAAAAUAAAAAUAAUAAAUGUAAAUUUAUACCUUUUGCUUCUGUAUAUAAUUUUAUAUAAUGAAUACAAAAUCCAAAUAUAUAUUCUUUUGGGGGUGUUUGGAUACACAUUUGAAAGUAAUAUGAUUUUGUA